GCCAGGACACUUUAGGAACUGCGAGCUGCGGUUGGAGCAAGAGGCAGGCGCAGGCGAGCCAGGACUGGCGGGGCUGCCCCGGUGACAGCAUCCUCCCUGCGACCCAGCGGCGGCUCCUCGUUCGCACUCUCCCGCGCCUAAGGAGACCUUCUGAGGCCAGCCGCGGCCAGCUUCUGAGCGCAGUCGUAUCCCAGAGCCAGUUAAGCCGAGGCGGCAGCAUGUGGAACGCGACGCCGAGCGAGGAGCCCGGGUACAACCUCACGCUGCCCGACCUGGGCUGGGACGCUCCCGCCGACAACGACUCCCUGACCGACGAGCUCCUGCCGCUCUUCCCCGCGCCACUGCUGGCCGGCGUCACCGCCACCUGCGUGGCACUCUUUGUGGUGGGCAUCGCGGGCAACCUGCUCACCAUGCUGGUGGUGUCGCGCUUCCGCGAGCUGCGCACCACCACCAACCUCUACCUGUCCAGCAUGGCCUUCUCCGACCUACUUAUCUUCCUCUGCAUGCCCCUCGACUUAGUCCGCCUGUGGCAGUACCGGCCCUGGAACUUCGGUGACCUGCUCUGCAAACUCUUCCAGUUCGUCAGCGAGAGCUGCACCUACGCCACGGUGCUCACCAUCACCGCGCUGAGCGUCGAGCGCUACUUCGCCAUCUGCUUCCCGCUGCGGGCCAAGGUGGUAGUCACCAAGGGCCGGGUGAAGCUGGUCAUCCUGGUCAUCUGGGCCGUGGCCUUCUGCAGCGCCGGGCCCAUCUUCGUGCUGGUCGGGGUGGAGCACGAGAACGGCACCGACCCUCGAGACACUAACGAGUGUCGCGCCACAGAGUUCGCGGUGCGCUCGGGACUGCUCACGGUCAUGGUGUGGGUAUCCAGCGUCUUCUUCUUCCUGCCCGUCUUCUGCCUCACUGUGCUCUACAGCCUCAUCGGCAGGAAGCUGUGGCGAAGAAAGCGGGGCGAGGCGGCGGUGGGCGCCUCGCUAAGGGACCAGAACCACAAGCAAACCGUGAAAAUGCUGGCUGUCGUGGUGUUUGCUUUCAUCCUCUGCUGGCUGCCCUUCCAUGUAGGGCGAUAUUUAUUUUCCAAGUCCUUCGAGCCUGGCUCCUUGGAGAUUGCGCAGAUCAGCCAAUACUGCAAUCUGGUAUCCUUUGUCCUCUUCUACCUCAGCGCUGCCAUCAAUCCCAUUCUGUACAACAUCAUGUCCAAGAAGUACCGGGUGGCGGUGUUCAAGCUUCUGGGAUUUGAACCCUUCUCCCAGAGGAAGCUCUCCACUCUGAAGGAUGAAAGCUCUCGGGCCUGGACAGAAACUAGUAUUAAUACAUGACCAUGCACAUUGCUGAGCAAAGUCAUCGCUUAUUCUAAACCAGAAGCCAUAGCACAGCAGAACUUGGGAAGAAGUUGAAGGUUAAUUUUGGAAUUAGGAACACACAGCUCUGGAAACAAUUGGGAAGAAAGAAAAGAUGGAACUUGUAGUGUGUGAGCAGUUGGAUUGAUUGCACACUCAUCAGUGCUCUCAUAUACUAUUUCUGCAUAUUCACUGUCUUAUGAUUUUGCAUUCUGCUGUUGGUGCUAGCAAGGAUUCUGCAACUUGGAGAAAGGAGAAUGGGCAGA